GCUGUGACUGUUCAUAUGCGGAGUGGCCGACACCAUUUCCUCGACCUCGUCGACCAACUCGGACGCCAUGCAAGCGCUGUUCAGCCUCGCCGGCCUCGCAAAGCUGGUGCUGGGUGAACGAGAGCGCAAGAAAUACGCGUUCAUCGUGUACCUGGUGCACUGUUUGCACUACCACUGGGCAGCAAAGCGGCCGACGUUAACACAUCAAGACUCGCCCACAACGCGGCGGAUCCUGCGCUCUUGCCGUCAAUUGGCGCAAAAGUACCAUCCAACGUGGUAUCUCUUCAACGGGUCUGUCCAUGUGCGAUGGCGUGUGCGCCAAUGUUUGGCUUGAUCUGUGGUCACCUCGUGCUGUAGCCACCUCCAAACACUCAUGGUGGCGUUGUCUACGACCGCCCCCGUCAUUCGGUACGACCGCCAGCUCCUGACGCUCUCGGACGGCGGGACGGUCUCGUUGGAUUGGGCGAUCCCGGCUUCAUCGCCCGAUGAUCCUUUUCACGACUCCCAUGUACUCCGAAAUCGAACAACGCAGCCAACCGUGCUCAUGUUUCACGGACUAACAGGCAGCAGCGACGAGCCGUACAUUCGAAAGACGGUGAAGCGGUUGUUGCACGACGGAUGGCGCGUUGCCGUGAUGAAUGCUCGAGGGUGCGGUCGCAACCCAGUGACGUCGUCCAAGCUGUGUUGCCCGGCGUACACGCACGAUGUCCGCGAAGUCGUGGCUUUUGUGUGCACGCACCAUAUAGCAAAAGGGGUUCCGUUGAUGGGAAUUGGGUUCUCUUUGGGUGCCAACAUCUUGCUCAAGUACGUUGGCGAAGAAGGGGCGGCGUGUCUGCUCACGGCGGCCGUCUCGGUGGCGAAUCCGUACGACUUUGUCGUGACGAACCUCCACAUCACGCACUCAUGGUUCCAUCGGUGGGUGUACAACGCCGCGAUGACUCGAAGUCUGCUGCGCAUGGUAUUUGACGAGACAAACGCCCAUGAACACUUGACCAAACAUCCUGCCGUCGACAUUGCCUUGCUUCGAAACAUCAAGACCUUGACCGAGUACGACCACCACGUGAGCCGUCAUACGUUUGGGUACUUGACGCCGAUGGACAUCUACCGCGACGCGUCCAGUGCGGCGUAUCUCAAGCACAUUGCGAUUCCCACGCUGUGCAUUUCCGCCCACGACGACCCAAUUUGCCCGCACACUGCGAUUCCGUACGAGGAAUGCCGAUCCAACCCGAACAUUGUGCUCGCCGUGACCCACUCUGGCGGCCAUGUCGGGUUUUUCACGAGCCAGCAUCUAUUCGACGACGAGCCGGGCAUGUGGUGUGCCGAUGUAAUCGCGCAGUACUGCGACGGAAUAUUCAGAUAUCCCGACGACCUCCAAACAAGUGUCCAUGGCACCGACCACGACGUCCAAGCGUGUCGUCGAGCCACGACGGUCGACGUAACGAGUCUCCGAUCCUAUCAAGGAUGGUCGAGCGGGCUGCGGUAUUGGCAACAAAAUCGGGCUGAUCAAGCAGGCGAAAUCCGCGAGCCAAACGUGGUGUGCGCCUCGUAACAUGGAGUACAAUGGGUGUAGUUGUUUGGGUUGGCGGCAACGCCCACGUCAUCCACUGACAAAUAGACACGGACACUUGGAUCACAAGCACGGCCAUCGUGACCUUUCACAAAAGCUUCGUUGCGCACGGACACGUCGCUCUCAUGACCACAAAGGUGGUCGUCGUGCCAUCUUCAUGACUCUGGAAAAAAUACAUUCCGAUAAAGUGGAAACAGUGGCCCCAACCGGUGAUCGAAACCGGGACCUCCUGCACCCAAAGCAGGAAUCAUACCACUAGACCAUUAG